AAAUUUUACAGCUCAAGUGCUGCUACAUGUUUUAUAACAACGCUCUCUUUCUUUCACUUGAGAAAACGAAUACAUUUACUUAUAUUAAAAUAUAAAAAAACACUGCGUUUCCUUUUUCAAGUUCUUAAAAAAAAAUGUCAAGUCACAAUGCAACAACAUCGAGUUCUCUGACGCAAGCUCUGACUCAAGUCUGCUCGCCCACCGCAGCUAUAUGGGAUCCAGGUGUUUUUUCUGUUUGUUUUACAACGGUGCUAGUACACUGACAAGAUGGGCAAACAGGACUUGUUCAUCUUUCUUCUCAUCAGUUGUAAUUUCAUGGGUGUCUCUGGCUAUCCAAAUGGCUUAGUUACAGAUUCAUGCAUUAACAUGACACCACUGCAUGGUGGAGCCAAUGCUCAGACUUCAGCUGCUCCCUUCAGCGUCACAGCUAGUAAAACUACAUACAGUCCAGGAGAUCAAAUUACAGUGACCCUCCAAGCUAAGUCAGGUACCUUCCGAGGAUUCUUGCUGCAAGCUCGGCAGAUUGGAGGAGGUGCUGCUGUUGGUUCUUUCACAAUUACUGAUCCUACAAACACUCGGGGUCUAAACUGCAAUGCAGACUUUUUACUCCAGAAUUCUGCUGUCAGUCACAUGUCUAGUUCAGACAAGUCACAGAUCCAAGCCACAUGGAAUGCACCCAAAUCUGGCACUGGGAAUGUCGAAUUCAGAGCCACCUUUGUUAAAUCAGAGUUUAUAUUUUGGGUUCAAGUUAAAAGUUCACAAGUGAGCUUCAAUACUAUUACACCUGCAAGUCCUGCACCUGCAAGUCCUGCACCUGCAAGUCCUGCACCUGCAAGUCCUGCACCUACAAGUCCUGCACCUGCAAGUCCUGCACCUGCAAGUCCUGCACCUGCAAGUCCUGCACCUUCAAGUCCUGCACCUGCAAGUCCUGCACCUGCAAGUUCUGCACCUGUAAAUUCUGCACCUGCAAGUUCAUCAUUUAAUCCAAGUUCAUCCCUGGUAUUAAUUUCCAGUGCUGGUUGUGGCACCAAUAAAACCUGCUUCAGCAAUCCUGCAGGAUGUAAUGCAGCCACGAACGCAGACUGCUACUUCAUGUCUUCUGCUUCACCGCAAGGAGGCAGUGAUGGUAUCCAGUUUGAAAUUAGCGGCAAAUCCAACGGUUACAUUUCUAUUGGAUUUUCAGAUGACACAGAAAUGGGAAAUGAUGACAUAUAUAUCUGUGGUCAGGAUAGGAAUGGAAACAUCCAGGUCCAACAUGCUUUUUCUACAGGAAGAAGUACACCUACAAUUAUACCUCUGGAAAAUGUUUACAACAUCGCAACUUCUUUCAACAAUGGGAUCAUCAAAUGCUCUUUUAUAACAAGAAACGCCAUAUCAACACAGCAGAGAGCCGCAAACACCUCUUACUACAUAUUUAUGGCUAAUGGACAGACAAAUGGCGGGGCCAUACAGUACCACCCUUUAAGACCUUUUAUUACAGAGGACAAAGUUAAUCUUUUAGGUUCCCAGAUAGCAAGUGGAAAUGCAAACAGACCUGCUAUCAUUAAAACGCACGGUGCUCUUAUGCUAAUAGCCUGGAUGACCACAGGAAGUAUUGGAAUGAUAAGUGCCAGGUAUUUUAAGCAAGUAUCAAAAGGGAAACAAAUUCUUGGAAAAGACAUCUGGUUUCAGGCCCACGUGUUCCUUAUGCUGCUAACUGUAGCUGCAACAAUAACUGCCUUUGUGCUUGCCUUUGUAUCUGUGAGAGGGUGGAGUGGUGGAGCUCAUCCUGUUAUAGGGUGUAUAGUGAUGGGUCUAGCCUUGAUCCAGCCACUUAUUGCUGUCUUUCGUUGUGCUCCAGACAGCAAAAGGAGGAUUGUCUUCAAUCUUGUGCAUGCUAUAAAUGCUUUGGUGAUCAAAGUUCUUGCAGUGACCUCAAUAUUUCUUGGUCUGCAGCUUCUUGAUAACUCUCCAAAUCAAUGGCUGCCUAAAGUUAUGGGAGGUUUCGUUGGAUGGGAAUUCCUUAUUUAUCUCGUGCUAGAUUUCAAUCUCUUUUUAAAAAAGGAAGAAAUAUAUGAAAAUGUAGUGAAGACUCCACCUGAACCAAAGGUGCUGCUUAUUUACAUUCUUGGAAACUUGAUGUUUUUGAUAGCUCUUCUGGUUGGAAUAGGCCAAACAUAAAGAGGACCCACACAAAUUGAAUGCUCAAACAUUAUAGUGUGUGAGGAACAUACACUGUUGGCAGUUAUAGGCUAAUUACAUUAUUUUACUGCUCCUUGCUGAAGUCUCCAUAAGGUGUAUAAUGUUGGGUGUAUAUAUAUUAUGAUUGAAUAUAAAAUAAUACAUGUUUUUACAUAUAGUAUAAGGAUGUUUGACUAAACACCUUCCAUAGCACUGUAAACAGGGUGUAGCCAUCAUAGCAGAGCCAGGGAUUCUUUAGGGAAGAAAUUCCACACUGUCCACACUCUUUAGGAACAUGAUAAUGUAAUGAAUCUCCUCCUAGUGGCUGGUCAGUUAAUAUAGACAUCAGCAUACAACACGUAGUUACCUCUAGACAAGAGUUUGCUCUUUAGUUGAAUGGUAAGCCUUUCUCUUUGAACCAUAUGGUUUGCAUCCCGUCCUUGUUUUUCCAUUCAAUGUCCAAAGUACGUUAACUGAUGGAAUUUUGUUGUGAAUAUACUUUCUUGCACAUUUCUUGCAAAGUUGCAUAUUAAAAAAACAUGAAAUAGUCACCUUAAUUUCAUAAAACUGCAUGAAUACAGCCAUCGGUCAUACAUGUAUAAUAAUUAUAUAAUUUGGAUGAAACUUGACAUCCUGGGGAACAUUUAGGCCCAGAUUUAUAAAAUGAUUGCGCAUGUUUUACGACCAUAAAACGGGUGUUAAGGGUUCUGAAUGCUUGAAUGGGAUUUAUAAAACACACGCAAUGACAUAAACACACAAUUAAGACGUGAUUUGCGAGGGCAAUGUCUCUGUGCACUUUAGCCCUUGAUGCAUAUGCAAUUCUGUAUAUGCAUUGUAAUUCUGGGGCGUUUCUGAACGAAACCGCUAAAAUUGGUAUGGGAUUUUGCAAAUGAGGUCUAUUAAAUAUUCUGUCUAAUUUAUUAAAGCUGCCAGUAAUUGCGAGCCUCAUGUUUGCAGCAAGAAGGAGGCAUUGUUUUCAAGGACAUAGAAACAUUUAAUAACAUUUUGCAAAGAGAACAUUUUUUAACCCUUCUGAUCAAGUCAGUUUGUAAAUUGCGGUUUAUAAUACCGUAUUGUUUUGCAAACUCCAAUUUUCAAUACGUUUCAUAACUUACAUGACAAAAAAGAAAGUCUGCAAAUAGAGAAUAUAGAAUCCAUGUUAAGGUUCUGAGAAGCACCUAAAAAGGUUUCCCCACAGUGGCAAAGCAAGGUUCUAGAGUGCCUUUACUUCUAGAGUGUAGGCAUUAUUAUAAGAACGGUGGAGAUUAAGAAAAGAGUCUCAUAUACAUGUAAUACAAUGAGGGCUCAUCCUCCAUCAUUAUUUUAAUAAUGCCUACAGAAUUUAUGUUUUGUAAUAUGGCAUUCUGGUAUUUAACAAUACUGGUUCAGGCAGUAUUGUUAAAUUCGAGUUUGAAAGAAAAACGGUAAAAAAAAAGGCACAUCUGAAUAAUGUAGCUAUAUUAUAGACCGUACAGAUAUGCUUAAAAUCAUACAUAGUCAGAAAUACAGACAUACAUAAGAAAUAGAGUUGUAACUGCAUAAGAAUUUAAGAAGAUAUAAGUCAUAGUUAAACUGAAGACUGUUUGUAUGAAGCUGUACGGAGUUAUUGUUGUUGAACAUAUUGCUGUACAAUGGAAGGAUUUUCUACCAGUUUGACUGCCAUGGAUGUAAGUAAAUAAAAGUUAUUGUUUCUGAAGUUUGAAAA